AUGAAGCAACAUAAAGACCAGGCCCCUAGCCUGCUAGACCCAAAGGGCCGUCCUAAUUGCCACACCCCCAGCCUGCUAGUCCCACAGAGCUGUCCUAAUGACCACGCCCCCAGCCUUCUAGACCCACAGGGCUGUCCUGCUGACCACGCCCCCAGUCUGCUAGAGGGCUGUCCCAAUGGACAUGCCCCCAGCCUGCUAGACCCACAGGGCAGUCCUGCUGACCACACCCCCAGUCUGCUAGACCCACAGGGCAGUCCUGCUGACCACACCCCCAGUCUGCUAGACCCACAGGGAUGUCCCAAUAGACACGCCCCCAGUCUGCUAGACCCACAGGGCUGUCCCAAUAGACACGCCCCCAGUCUGCUAGACCCACAGGGCAGUCCUGCUGACCACACCCCCAGUCUGCUAGACCCACAGGGAUGUCCCAAUAGACACGCCCCCAGUCUGCUAGACCCACAGGGCUGUCCCAAUAGACACGCCCCCAGUCUGCUAGACCCACAGGGAUGUCCCAAUAGACACGCCCCCAGUCUGCUAGACCCACAGGGCUGUCCACAUAGACACGCACCCAGCCUGCUAGACCCAUAG